CAAAGGUCUAUCAGGUUUCUCCUCAACCCGACAAAGAGGGCCGAUAGCCAGUAGUAGUAGAUUGAGUGAAUGAGUGAGUGAUUGAUUUGAUGACCGCAGCAGUUGGAAGAAAAGUCGCUUCGAGCUAGUAAGAGAGUCUAAUCAAGCGGAAAAAGGAGAGACCAAAAAGGCAGAGGCGUUGAAUUUCCGAUUCCAUCUUCGAACCCGUGAAGAACUAGUGAAAAGGGACCAAAGAUUUCUUCUGGAGAGCUGCGAGUGAUUGCCGUCUCUUCCCCUUCAAAGAAAUGGAAACCCAGAAGAUUUUGACAUCAUCUGAAGCAGAAGUGGAAAGGCGGUGGUGGGUCACCGUCCCUAAAGUCGAACUCCAUGCCCAUCUCAAUGGCUCCGUCCGAGACUCCACUCUCCUGGAACUCGCCAGACGUUUGGGGGAGAAGGGCCGGAUUGCGUUCUCAGAUGUAGAGCAUGUUAUCCUGAAAGGUGACAGGUCUUGCCGCGAGGUAUUCAAGCUGUUUGACUUGAUUCACGUCCUCACGACUGACCACAAAACUGUCACAAGGAUUACCAAAGAAGUGAUUGAAGAUUUUGCUUCUGAAAAUGUUGUGUAUUUGGAGUUGAGGACAACCCCAAAGAGGAAUGAUUCUAUAGGGAUGAGCAAACGGUCAUACAUGGAAGCUGUGAUAAAUGGUCUGAGUUCUGUUACUGAAGUAGACAUAGAUUUCACCCCUCAUAGUACUGAUCAUCAUGACCCUGCAAGUUCCUGGAAUUCCAUUGCUGUGAACAAUGUGGAUCAUCAGGGAAGUGGUAGGAAGAAGAUCUACGUCAGACUUCUUCUCAGCAUCGACCGUCGAGAGACAGCUGAAGCUGCAAUGGAAACAGUGAAGCUUGCACUGGAAAUGAGAGGUUUAGGUGUUGUUGGCAUUGACCUUUCUGGCAACCCUUCUGUGGGUGAAUGGAGUACAUACUUGGCUGCACUACAAUUUGCCCGGGAGCAAGGGCUAUAUGUUACGCUUCACUGUGGAGAGUGCUUGUAGGUACCUAAUUAUGAGGAGAUCAACGCAAUGUUGGACUUUCUGCCUCAGAGAAUUGGUCAUGCUUGCUUCUUAAGAGAGCCAGAUUGGGUGAAACUAAAAUCAUCUAAAAUACCAGGUUGAGAUUUGUUUGACAUCCAACAUCAUGACAGACACAAUCUCUUCACUUGACAUUCACCAUUUUGUUGAUUUGUACCUUGCGAAACAUCCAAUGGUGCUGUGCACAGACGAUUCAGGGGUUUUCUCCACCAGUCUGUCCAAGGAGUAUAGCCUUGCCUCAUCUGCAUUUGGUCUUGGAAGGAAGGAGUUGUUCCAGCUAGCUAGAGACAGCGUGGAGUUCAUAUUUGCUGAUGGUGGCGUGAAGCAGGAGUUGAAGGAGAUCUUUAGCUCUGCUGCUGGGAAGCUUGAGCUAUGAUUCUUCUGGUGCAUUCGUUAUUUUACGGCUGUCGAAGAACGUUAGAGUAUUUACUGUUGAAUCUAUGGAACUUUAGAACUGCUGAAAUCUAUUGUCUAAACUGCUAGCUUUAAGCUUAUUGGAAGACUGCAUAGAAAUCAUAUUUAUAUGGUUGAUUACAGUCUUUUUGUUAUUAUUUAUUUUCUUUCAAAAAACCC